UUAAACAGCUUUCCUUUUCACAUGAAUGGCCGUCUAUAUGGGGAAAGGCUCAUGCUGCAACUGGGGCUAAUUCCUCCUAAUCCCAUCGCAGCCCCAACCACUGAGGGACAGUUUCCAAUGGCAGCCCCGGAGCGGGGCAACUGCCGCUGAGAUUAGCCCGUGUUGGCUCCUCCUCUGCGCUUUAGCCCCACUGCCGGGCCUGCCUGCCUCCCGCUGCUGUGCUCUAACCUUUUACACACAAACGGAUUAACAGGUUUUCCAAAAUGUCAAGCUUUUUAUUUGGAGAAAAAUGAGAUAUCUCCUGAAGAUGUUUCCACAAUCCGGGAAAUCGAUCGUCUUCGACAACUUUCCAGAUCCGACCAACACCUGGGAAAUCAUUGAGACCAUUGGAAAGGGAACCUAUGGAAAAGUCUACAAAGUUCUCAACAAAAAAGAUGGAAGCAAAGCCGCUGUGAAGAUCCUCGACCCCAUACACGACAUCGAUGAGGAGAUUGAAGCAGAGUACAACAUCCUGAAGGCGCUUUCCGACCACCCCAAUGUGGUCAAGUUUUUUGGGAUGUUCUACAAGAAGGAUCUGAAAUGUGGGGAUCAGCUGUGGCUCGUUCUGGAGCUCUGCAAUGGCGGCUCUGUGACAGAUCUGGCCAAAGGCAUGCUGAAGAGAGGGGACAGAAUGGAUGAAGCCAUCAUUGCUUAUAUUCUGCAUGAGGCCCUCAUGGGCCUGCAGCACCUGCACAUCAACAAGACCAUCCACCGAGACGUCAAAGGCAACAACAUCCUGUUGACAACGCAAGGGGGGGUCAAACUGGUGGACUUCGGGGUCUCGGCUCAGCUGACAAACACCCGUCUGAGGAGGAACACGUCGGUGGGAACUCCCUUCUGGAUGGCUCCCGAGGUCAUUGCAUGCGAGCAGCAGCUGGACUCCACCUACGACGCCCGCUGCGACGUCUGGUCGCUGGGCAUAACCGCCAUCGAGCUGGGAGAUGGGGACCCGCCCCUUUCUGAACUCCACCCAAUGAGAGCCCUCUUUAAAAUCCCACGGAAUCCUCCUCCCACUCUCCACCAGCCUGAGCUGUGGUCACAUGACUUCAACGACUUCAUCUCCAGGUGUCUGAUUAAGGACUUCGAGCUGAGACCCAAUGUGCUGGACCUUCUGCAGCACGUGUUCAUCAAGCAGACGGUGGGCAGAGAGAAGAUCCUGCAGAAGCAGCUCAUUGAACUCACUGACCUCAACCAGCAAAUAGGACUGAUCGAAAAAACCAGCCAUCAUGGAAAGACAGACAGAAGCACAGACAGUAAUGACAGGCAUGAACGCAUCCACACUAAGAAAGGAGGCCACCUGAAGAUGCAAUCCGCUGCAGACGAGGUGGAAGACCUCGCCACCCUUGAAGCUCUAGAUGAGAACAUUGUGACAGAGCAGCUUCAGAGUCGAUACAGCAGAGAUCAGAUCUACACCUACGUUGGAGACAUCCUCAUCGCCGUCAACCCCUUCCGUAAGAUGGAGAUCUAUACGCCUCAGCACACUAAGAUGUACAUAGGAGCAAAGCGCACAGCAAACCCGCCGCACAUUUUCGCCGUUGCCGACAUCGCCUACCAGUCUGUGGUGUCGUACAACACGGACCAGUGUGUUGUGAUCAGUGGAGAGAGUGGAGCCGGGAAGACCGAGAGCGCCCAUCUGCUGGUGCAGCAACUGACGGUUCUUGGAAAGGCCAACAACCGGACGCUCCAGGAGAAAAUCCUGCUGGUCAACAGCCUGGUGGAGGCGUUCGGAAACGCCUGCACCGCCAUCAACGACAACUCCAGCCGCUUCGGAAAGUACCUGGAGAUGAAGUUCACCUGCGGGGGAACGGUGGUCGGGGCAAAGAUAUGCGAGUAUCUGCUGGAGAAAUCCAGAGUCAUCCACCAGGCCGUAGGUGAGAGGAACUUCCACAUCUUCUACUACGUCUACGCUGGUCUGGCUGACAGGAAGAAACUGGCCCACUACAAGCUCUCUGACAGCAAAACACCAAAGUAUCUGUGUAACGAGCACAUCAAGUUAGGGCCUGACAUAGUGAGCAACGCUUUCUACAAGGAGCAGUUUGACGCAGUGGAGCAGUGCUUCAAAGUCAUCGGCUUCACCCUGGAGGAGUUGGGGAGCGUUUACAGCACCCUGGCUGCCAUCCUCAACUCUGGGGACAUCGAGUUUUCUGCUGUGGCUUCGGAGCACCAAACAGACAAGAGUAACAUCACCAACAUGUCGGCCCUGGAGAACGUGGCCUCUCUGCUGCGGAUCCGCUCAGACGAGCUCCAGGAAGCUCUGACCUCUCAUUGCGUCGUGGCCCGGGGGGAGACGAUCGUCCGACCCAACACGGUGGAAAAAGCGGUGGAGGUGAGGGACGCCAUGGGCAAAGCCCUCUACGGCCGCCUCUUCAGCUGGAUCGUCAACCGGAUCAACGUGCUGCUGAGGCCCGACAGCCAGCUGGGGGAGGCUGAGAAAGGCCUGAACAUCGGCAUCCUGGACAUUUUUGGUUUCGAAAACUUCAAGAAGAACUCCUUCGAGCAGCUUUGCAUCAACAUCGCCAACGAGCAGAUCCAGUUUUACUUCAACCAGCACAUCUUUGCUUGGGAGCAGGAUGAGUACCUGAACGAAGAGGUGGACGCUCGGAUGAUAGAGUACGAGGACAACCGGCCGCUCCUGGAUCUGUUCCUGCAGAAGCCGAUGGGAAUGCUGUCGCUUCUGGACGAGGAGAGUCGUUUCCCGCAGGCGACUGACCAGACCCUCGUAGAGAAAUUUGAAGAUAAUCUCAAGACAAAAAGCUUCUGGAGACCAAAGAGAGUUGAUUUGGGCUUUGGAAUUCACCACUAUGCAGGAAAGGUGAUUUACAACGCUGCCGGCUUCUUGUCGAAGAACAGAGAGACUCUACCGGCCGACAUCAUCCUGCUGCUACGAUCGUCCGAGAACGAGCUCAUCCGGAAACUCGUAACUCACCCUCUGACCAAAACUGGAAACCUCGCCCACACCAAAGGUAAAGGUGUGAACACAAUGGGGGGCCCUCGAAUGCCAAACCGGACCAUGACCUUCGCUAAGAUGGGAGUGCUAAGUUUGUACAGUUCAUUUUCCGUUAGCGAGCCAACUAACUGUGGAGAUGCGCCGUACCAUCCGAGAGAAACCACCAACAUGAAGACUCAGACCGUGGCCUCUUACUUCAGAUACUCCCUGAUGGACCUGCUGUCUAAGAUGGUGGCAGGGCAGCCUCACUUUGUUCGCUGUAUCAAACCCAACAACGACCGGCAGGCCAACAAGUUUGACCGGGAGAAGGUUCUGGUUCAGCUUCGAUACACCGGCGUUCUGGAAACCGCCAAGAUACGACGGCAGGGCUACUCGCAUCGCAUCCUGUUUGCCAAUUUCAUAAAGAGGUACUACCUUUUGGCUUUCAACGCUCACGAGGAACCGCCUGUGACUCCAGAGACGUGUGCUGCAAUAAUGGAGAAGGCCAGGCUGGAGAACUGGGCGAUGGGGAAAACAAAGGUGUUCCUAAAGUAUUACCACGUUGAACACCUGAACCUGAUGGUGCAGCUGACCACGCAGCGGAUCGUCCUGCUCCAGGCUUGUGUUCGAGGCUGGCUGGGGGCCAGACGGUACCGGCGGAUCCUGAAGGAGCGAGAACAGAGCGCUCUGGUUCUGCAGUCAGCUUACAGAGGUCACAAAGUCCGGAGGAAGGUGGCUGAUGAUAAGAGCAAAACAAAGUUUGAGGCUUUCGUGGUCCAGUUUCAGGCUGUUUGCAGGGGUUUCAUCGCAAGACAGAAGUACAAGGAGCUGGUGGAUGAGAAGAACAAAGCCGCAACAAAGAUCCAGGCUCGCUACAGAGGCCACAAAGAGAGGAAGAGCCUUCAAAGAAAACGGGAGGCCAAAGAGAAAGCUGCUAGAGAAAAGCAGGAAGCAGAGAAAAGGGCCUCAAACGAGGAAGAGGAGGAAGAGAAAGCGGCUGUGGUUCUUCAGAGCAACUUCCGGGGCUACAAAGAGAGAAAAAAGUUCAAGGAGAGGAAGAAAACCUUGGCUGGAGCCGAGCUGGAGCUACCAAACCAGGAAGAAGGUAGAGAUAGGGCGAACGACAAGCAAGAGGACGUGGAUGAUGAGGAUGAAAGCACCUACGAAGCAGAAGAGAACAAUGACAGUGAUAACACUGAGGUCCCGGAGGAUGAAGAGCACACAGAGGUGGCUGAUGAAGCUGUGAUCCAGGAUGCACAGGAGGAAGGCCACAGAGAAGAUGAGGAGGAAACCAAGGCAGCCACUGUCCUCCAGAGCAACUUCAGAGGCCACAAAGAGAGGAAGAGGCUGCAAGAGGAGGGAAAGAUUCCUGCUAAGAAACAGAAGACAACGGAGGAAGAAGAGUCCAGGACGCAGGAGGAAGACCCCGAUCAGGACGAAGCCAAAGCAGCCGUCGUCCUCCAGAGCAACUUCCGCGGACACAAGGAGCGCAAGCGGCUCCAGGAGGAGGGAAGGAUCCCAAAGAAACAGAAGGAGUCCUCAGCAGAGGAGAAGGUCGAGCUGACAGGAGAGGAGAACGUAGAAAACCCAGCAGACCCAGACGAGGAGAAAGCCGCUACCGUCCUGCAGAGCAACUUCAGAGGUCACCGCGACCGCAAGAGGCUGAAGGCGGACAAGGAGAACAAAGUCAAGGAGGACGCCGCCAUUCCUGAAGAAGAGGUGGAUGUGAGUGACGUGGAGAUUGAGCGUAGGGAUGAGGAGGAGCUUGAAAAGGAGCGUCAGGAGGAGGAGCAGGCCGCCGUGAAGAUCCAGAGUAACUUCAGAGGAUACAAAGACCGGAAGAACCUGAAGGCCAACAGGCAGGCAGCCCAGAGCAAAACCCAGGAGUUUGAGCAGUUCUCCAAGGAGAUCGCAAAGGCUUCCCAAGGCUUCGAGGCCCUGCAGCACAAACUGAAUGAGAUCAUCCAGGCCCAUCAAUCAGACCCUGAGAGCAAUGGCAUGUUUGUGAGAGGAAAAGCAAUCAAUGGCUACGCUCCUCAUCAUCACCAAUCAGAAGACAAGCGUCUAUCACGAACGCCUCGCAGGACCCAACAGCCAAAGACCCUGAACACACCAGAGGACUCCACCUACUACACCCUCAUCCACCGAUCCGUCCAGGACGACAAACGGAAGCCCAGAAAAGAAGAUCCAGGAAAACAGCUGGAUGCAGACGACCAGUACUACCGGACCUUAUCCACCAGCAGAUCCGAGCCCUCCAUCUCCACAGAGAGCCUGUCUCCCAAAGGUUUCACGGAGAGUACAGCUCCUGCAGACAGGCGGAGCUCCACGGAGAAGCCGGAGUCCACGGAUCAGAGGCGGCAGGGUUCUGGUCGACAGACGAGAGAACGGGCCGUUACUGAGCCUGAGCUGCCCAGACCUUCCAGAGACAACAGGCGUUCUGUUCCUCGAAUGUCGUCCACUGAAAGCAGGACUGGAGACAACCCUUACGACUUCAGGCAUCUGCUGAGGAAGACUUCACAAAGACGACGGCUGAUCAAACAUUACUAAACGGGACAGCUUUGGACCAAAUUAUCCAAAUAUACAAGAAAACACAGUCGGCAUGUUGAGUUGGACAGCAACGAUAAACUGUUUGCGUUCUCCCUGGAUAGAAUGUACAGAGCGAAUAUCCUUAAAUUUGAUGUAAAUGAAGGUUUAUUUGUAAGGUCUGUUGUUUUUUUUGUUUUUUUUAUGGCACAACAUGCAGGUAGUGUUCUUUUACUGCAUUUAGGAGCAUUUCAGUUGUUAAAAUAUCUGCGUCUGACUGUUAUUCUGCAAAAACGUGUUUAUUUGAGCAACAAACUUUGUCCAGUUUUAUUCCUGUGAUGUAAUAUCAUGGAAAUCCAGUCUGUUUUUUUUCCUUUUUUUUAACCAUCUAGUAGUUUUGGAAAAAGGUUGGCUUGGAUAAUAAUCUGUUUUUAGCUCUUUUUUCCUUUUUCACUCCUAAAAAUGUCAGGAUUGAAGUCCCACUGCUGUAAAUUCCAUUGUAUUCUUUACACGUUAGGCCUUUCUCUCAGAUUCAACCUGCAACCUUUGUGUGACAUUUCAAAGCAGUGACUCCCCCACAGGGAUUGUUAGCAAAUCCCUGAGUGCCGCACAUGCUCACUGCCCACCCUCCUCACACAAAAACAACAGCAUAUAUGCUUAGAAAUCACAGAAGAUGGAAAGAGCAGCUUCUCUUCUCCAGGAGGGGAUUGUGUGGUUGAAAAUGGAAACAUGUUCUUUCAAAAUAGAAAAUGACAAUGUGAGGAGGGGGAGGGAAAAGGGGUCAUUUGUAUGUUUACUGUUAGGCCUUUAUCCUCUCACUUUGAUGUCCUGUGGUAUUUUAGCUUUUAUCAAAAGGGCUGCUUACAUGAGGAGCAAACGGAUUUUACUGUCAUUAGUUCAAGAAGAGCAUCAUAAUUCUUAGACUUUUAUUUCUCAAGGUCAGUCUUUGGAAAACUGUUUGAGUAAAUGAAGAUAUGUUUGUGUUCAAAAAUUCUCU